CGACUUCGUAAUCGAUUUUGGAUGAAGACUGAACAUGAUACGAUCAUUAGGGUCUGUUGAAUACUGCUGGUGUGUGGGGCAGGUUGGUUCAGUUCAUUACAACAACGGCAUUGGUUCGAGGGGCAUAUCGUCUUCCAUGGGGAAGACCUAGAAAUCACUGCAGAAAUAUGAACAAAUCGCUUUAAAGUAACAAUCAAAGGGGUAUUUAUUCCCAAGAAAGUUGGAGCUGACCGCCAGACAUGAUAAAUGAAUUUCGUUACAGCCGGUGAAGAAACUAUCGGUUCGAAAGAUCGGUCAUAUGUUACGCUCCGCGGGUCAUUAAUUUAUUUUGACAACGCGGAUCACCGCAUUAGUGGUGUGGAGUGGAGUGGAGUUAAGGAAGUGAACUUCUUUGGGCUCGGGGCUGGAACACAUGGGGCUUCUCCGGAGCUAGGACUUGGGAUUAUGGUUACUCAACGCGUAGGAGCACUACGGCUACAAGCUCCGAACUGAACUAAUAUUUACUAAGCGGUUGUGCAAUUACAAUUUUAAUAUCACUUAAUCGACACACUGGGUAGCGAUGGUCAUUCGCCAAAAGCCUCGUCUCGCUCCAUAAUGACCGCAUCGGGGUGUCGGUGGAUCGGAGUAUCGGGGCUAACAAUUAAGUGCCACAACAAAGACUCUGCAGGGGGAACCACGCUAAUUGGUCAUGUAUUGCCAGCAACUACAAACAAGUCUUGCCAUUUAAUGAGGGAUGGAAGGGGCUCGAAGGUGAAUGGCGAAGAAGAGCAGAAGACGACGCGAACUAAAACAAAUACAAUGAACAUGCAACAAAUGGAGGCUUCGAGCUCUUUUUGGCAGUUUUGUUGCGGACCAUGACUCUUUUCGGGGCUCUGCAGCGGAUUUUGUUGAACUUCACCUAUUAACUUUCGAGUGGCAUUGUCGAAGUUGGAAUUGUGAGCUAUGUAUAAAAGCCGCUCGAGCGGGUAAGAAGUCAUACAGUGCACUACCAACUGCUAAAGAAGUCAAACCUUAAAUCUUCCCUAUCCCACUCUACCAGCUCAACCAAGCCUAGAAAUGCGUGGAUUAAUUGUCCUGUGCCUUUGCUCCGUGGUUCUUGCUGCCCCCCAGGGCUACAACUACAAUCCCGGCCCGUCCGGCUUUGGCGGAAUCAGCACCUCCACCGGUGGAGGCUCCUUCUUCCAGGGCGCCGUCCAGGUGCCCCCCGGUCAGCCGCAGGCCGUCUACCAGCAGCCGGCUGCUCAGACUCACCACCAACAGCAGCAUGUGCAGCAGCAACAAGCUAUCGUCUCCAAGCGCUUCUUCAUCCACUCUGCGCCGGAGGAGGCUGAGGAUUACAAGGAACGUCAUAUCACCGUCGGCGUGCCCAAGCGUAACUACAAUGUGGUGUUUAUCAAGUCGCCACAACGCAACAACAGGAAGACCAUCAAGAUCAGCCCCGCCGCUAACGAGGAGAAGACCGUCAUCUACGUGCUGAGCAAGAAGGGCGAGAGCGACUUGAACGCCGAGGUUGUGGAGCAGGCCAGCUCCACUAGCAAGCCGGAGGUCUUCUUCAUCAAGUACAAGACCAACGAAGAGGCCGCCCACGCCCAGCAGCAGAUCCAAGCCCAGUACGACGCCCUGGGCGGCAGCAGCCAGCUGACCGACGAGGGAGUGGCUCCUGUCACCUCCGUAAUUGGAGCGCUAGGCAACAGCGAGGGUCACAUCGAUACGGGAUCCGUUGUGGGCGGCACGGGAACCGGUCAGAUUGUCUCCACCAGCGCUGCCGGGUCUCACACGGGUAAUGCAUACCUGCCACCCAAUUUCUAAAUGUUGAGCUGGGUUUCCAAAACUAAGUAUUGAGUUCUGUUUUGAAAUUUUGUUAUUAAUAAAUGUACGUUGAUGUUGAAUUUAAAGCAA